UACUCACCCACACUUCGUGUGGAAAUGCUGCCAGGUACACAACCAGUCAGUGUUUCAGUGGAUCGUUUCGACCUCGGCUUGCAGCUUUUGAGACCAUUUCUUCAAAGGCUUUCCUCCUUAAGGUACUGAGGGGUUCCCAAAGACUGCGUCUCUUCAUCCUCCUCCUCACACAUUUUCGAAGAGUCGAGGACCUCUGUUUUCAGUCACCAUUCGCAACCAAUUUUCACAUUGUAUUAAUAGGUACACUCAACUGUCUAGGAUCAUUAGGAGCCCAUCUGUAACGGAAACUCGUGGUUCCCACUCACAGGAUGUGUGCUAGAUUGAGUAACUUAUGAGUGGUGUUCGUCAUGCAAGCAAAGAUUUGGAAUUGUGUGAUCGCUUAUUGCAGUCACAAAACUACUCCAUACUCUCGUUUCGAUAGCUUUCCGAAAACCUGGUUGAAGGGGUUAGGUAUCUCCAGAAUGAUACAAUGCGAGAUGUCACAACGGCAAUGGUUUGGUCACCAGAUAGAGGUUGAGGAUUCUAGGAGCAAAGAAAGAUGACAUUGAUGGAAAUCAUGGAUCUCAGCUCGGAGGUUGCUAUGGAUGAUUCUUACGGAUUCUCGGUGGAGUGUGUUUCUGGUUUCAAGCACCAGGACACCUUACUUCCUGUCCACAAUGAAUGUGACUUAGACUCCGAUUUGUGGAGCGACCUCCCUCGGCAUUUGAUAGAAAAGAUCUUAGCCUGGCUGCCCAUCCCUAGCUACUUACGCUUUCGCAGGGUGUGCAAGACCUGGAACAAGUUGCUACAAUCCCCAGGUUUCUUGCGAGAAUGCCACGAUGUGCCUUCACAGGGAUCGUGGUUCCUCAUGUUCAAGAAUGACCACUACCGGGAGGCGGCCACAUACAACCCCUCCCUUGAUUGCUGGCAUCCCAUCCCGCUAGUGAUCACCUCCGCGCCAGGUCAAAUCAGUUUCCACGUCGCUGCAUCGGAAGGGCUCCUGUGCUACUACGCUGCGGAAUGCGACAACGUCGUGGUGUGCAAUCCCCUCACUAGGUGUUGGCGAAAGCUACCGCCAACGCUGCGGGUUCAGUUCUUUCAACCAGUAGGCAUGGUGAAGGAGCGCACCACAGAAUCAUACAAGGUCGUCGUCGCGGGUAUUUGGGCCACAUACGGCGCUUGCUACCCGAUAGCGGAAGUAUACGACUCCACAACAAAUUCAUGGAGCAUAACAUCCAACACGCCCCCGAAUUUCCCCUUGCACCCACCCGGCAUCCUCUGCAGCAACACCCUCUACUGGCGGUGUCACGAGCCCCACGGUCUUGUCACUUACGACUUGCAGGAACAGGCAUGGAGCCAGAUCCAUGCGCCGCUGCCGCAGUCGUUCGAGAGCUACGGCCUGGUCGAAUCUGGGGGCAACAUCUUCGUCAUCGGCCGGCAGGAAGAACCAACCGGGAAAUGCGUCUGCAUUUUCCAAUUGCGGUCGACGCAACUGACAUGGGAAGAGGUGGACCGCAUGCCAGGAGCGCUGUUGGAAGAGUUUCUAAGGAACGCAGCGCAAGACGCGUAUUUCCGGUGCAUCGGGCAUAGCGAUCAGGUUCUGAUCAGCAUGUGUGGGCGCAACAUGCCGCAACUGUUGUAUGAUGUAAGGAAGAAGCGCUGGCACCGGCUGCCGAGGUGCCCCAUGCCGGAGCAUCGCAUGGUGGACGGGUUCUCCUUCGAACCGCGUCUGGGUGCUUCUGUGUGAGCUCCACGCUGCUAGCACCACAACUCCUGCCUUGAUGUUGCCACAGUUCCUCGCCCCAUCUCGCUCACUUUUGCCUGACCAGGCCACCUUUCCUUCACAAAACUUUAUGAAGAAAAUAAGAUAUUCAAUAUUUGACACUAAGGGGAACUUUAUACUUAGAAGAUCAUUUUGAUAGGUCAUUGUUUAAAAAAUUUAUUUCUUGCUUAGUGAAGAAUUCUCUUUAUUUGGAAAUUUUAUUCUUUGGAUAAAGGAUAAAGUGAGAAAAGGACAUAGAAUAGACUUAAUAAUCUUGUCAAAGAAUAUAACCAAAUCCAAUCUAUGCAGAAGUUGAUAUCAAUUGUAUUCUUGUCAUUACAAUUCUAAAUCCAUUCACAAUUUUCAAA